UGCAACCGGUGGGAGGCCGGGCCGGCUGGGGCUGGGGCUCGGGCCGCUUCUCGGCUUGUCCCUGGCGGCGAGCGCAGACGGCCCGGAGGCGGCGGCUCUGAGCUGGCAGGCGGAGGGUUGUCUCCCGCGCCCGCCUGCCCGGCGCGGUCCGAGGAUGCGGGGGGGCGAUGCCCGGGGCCAGGGACGCGCUCUGUCACCAGGCGCUGCAGCUGCUGGCCGAGCUCUGUGCCCGUGGGGCCCUGGAGCACGACAGCUGCCAGGAUUUUAUCUACCACCUGCGGGACCGCGCCAGACCUCGUCUCCGCGACCCAGAUAUCUCAGUCAGCCUACUGACCCUUGUGGUCACUGCCUGUGGCCUCGCUCUCUUUGGCGUGUCUCUCUUCGUGUCUUGGAAACUCUGCUGGGUUCCGUGGCGAGAACGAGGCCUAUUCUCUGGUAGCAAAGACAACAACCAGGAGCCUCUUAACUACACGGACACAGAGACCAAUGAGCAGGAGAACAGUGAGGGCUUCCUAGACCCUCCCAGCCCCUGCCCUGAUUCCUCCAUGAAGAUCAGCCACACCUCCCCCGACAUCCCCCUCUCCACCCAGGUGGGGGGCCAGGAGCACUGUGCCCAGGGCAUCCGCAUGAAGCGCCAAGUCACAGAGCCAGCCUCGUCGACUCGGCAUAAUUCAAUCCGAAGACAACUCAACCUGUCAAACCCGGACUUCAAUAUCCAGCAGCUUCAAAAACAGGAACACUUGGCUGGAAUUGGCCGAAUUAAGCCAGAGUUAUAUAAGCAGAGGUCGUUGGAUAAUGACGACGGGAGAAGGAAUAACAGCAAAGCCUGUGGGAGACUGAACUUUAUUUUAAAAUAUGACUGUGACUUAGAGCAGCUCAUAGUGAAGAUUCAUAAAGCUGUCAAUUUGCCUGCCAAGGACUUUUCUGGGACUUCAGAUCCUUAUGUCAAGAUCUAUUUGCUUCCUGAUCGGAAAACAAAACACCAGACUAAAGUUCACAGAAAGACCCUGAACCCUGUGUUUGAUGAAGUGUUUUUGUUUCCUGUUCCCUACAAUGAACUUGCAGCCCGGAAGCUUCACUUCUCUGUGUACGACUUUGACAGGUUCUCCCGCCAUGACUUAAUUGGCCAAGUGGUGGUGGAUCACUUCCUAGACUUGGCUGAUUUCCCCAGGGAGUGCAUCCUUUGGAAGGACAUCGAAUAUGUCACCAAUGACAACGUGGAUCUUGGAGAGCUGAUGUUUUCCCUCUGCUACCUGCCAACGGCUGGCAGGCUGACCAUCACUGUCAUCAAAGCAAGGAAUCUAAAGGCGAUGGACAUAACAGGAGCAUCAGAUCCCUACGUGAAGGUCUCCCUGAUGUGCGAUGGCAGACGGCUGAAGAAGAGGAAAACGUCCACCAAGAGGAACACCCUGAAUCCUGUUUACAAUGAAGCCAUAGUCUUUGAUGUCCCUCCCGACAACAUUGACCAAAUCCACUUGUCCAUAGCGGUCAUGGACUACGACCGUAUAGGUCACAAUGAGAUCAUCGGCGUGUGUCAAGUAGGCAACAAAGCCGAGAGGCUGGGCAGAGACCACUGGAGUGAAAUGUUGUCGUAUCCUCGGAAGCCCAUCGCACACUGGCAUUCCCUGGUGGAGAAACGAUGACUGUGGUGAGAGGACUGUUUUGCCGAGGCACAGUGGGACAACCAUCUUACAAAGAUCUUAAGUAACGCUCCCUACCCAACAACACCCGGAUGGCUCCAGUGACCAAAUGCUCAGCUGUAACCACAGCAAUAACUGGCCUUCUUUCCAGACGGGGUUUGGUGAACACGAAUGGUCCAACUGUCUGCAGGUGGUGUGCUCUAGGGGAAGCACAUCUCUCAUGGAUGAGAACCAAGAUCAGACUAUGGAAGAAACCAACUGAUACAGUGAGAAGACUGAGAGUACCCUGAGUACCAGGACUCUUAGUGAUGGGGUCACAGCAUCUGCCCUGGCAACAUCAUACUGACAUGAUGUUAUUUGCUUGAAUGCCCUGGAAGGACAGAAUAUUUUAAAAUAUAUCCAGGUGCUAACUAGGCAGCAGAUUUAAUUCACCUUUGAGCUAACAACUGUCUCCAGAAAAUAAUUUCACCCAGAAAAUGCUCCAGCUUUGCAAGGAAUAGCCUCAGGAGUAUAAUAGGAUAAGCAGUCUGUUCCCCUGGAGAAAAUCUCUUGCAAGGAGGGCAAGUUCACAGCAAAUUCACUGCCCCCUCCCAGGCGCAUAGUAGCGAGUACCAGUGGAUUGUGGCCCUCUCUCCUGCUAAACCCAGAUUCCGAGGGGUCAGAAUCCCCAACACUGUCUUCUAGAUGGCCAGCAGCCACUUCCUUCCACCUGGUGUUGGCAUUAGAAAGAAAACUCAUUGUCAUUCCUGUUAAAGAGGCAUCCAUUGCAGUGGUGUAAACAUUCUGAAAUACCCUUUCCCAGGCACACUUGUCCAGUGAGGGCACAGCCUCAGAGACAGAUGUACCAUUGUGUGAGCCAAGCUCAUAGAGAGAUAAUGCAGUGGUCCCCUGACUGAAGGCACAACUUUUGGGCCUUCUUGGCCUGAGUACCUUCUGGGGUAUUUCCAUAUGCAACAGCCCAGAGGCAUAGCCUUGGGUAGCCAUAGACAGGUUUCCUUUUCACUUCCAGACACAUAUUAUCACUUUCAUAGCACUUGGGGAAUAGAAAUACCUACAAGAGUGAAGGUCAAGGGCUCUCCCCGGUAUCUCAUUCAUUACUCAACUUCCUCUGUGACCAUUAUCAGCCAACCCACUGCCAGCUGCAUUCCUCGUAUUCAUUGCUUCUGCCGUCAUAUAAAUGAAACCAAAGGCCUCAGCAUGCCCUGGGAGGGGAGGUCCUCUCUCUCCCGUGAUAGGUGCAAGGUACUCCAUCCACACACAUUUUCACCACUCUUCCAAGAUAACAUUUCCCUUUUCCUACAAGCCCUUUGCAGCAGAAUCCAGAGUUGGAUUGUAGUUUACCUUCCUCGGAAGCUCAUUAUCUUCAUUUGAAUUAACAUUUCAAUGUGGGACUAACUGGGUGGAAACAGAAUCAUCACAGGUCUUCAGAAAGUUAGCUGCCUGGUAUUAGAAACUACCCUUGCCCUGGCCAGUGCAGCUUAGUUGGUUGGAACAUCGUCCCAUAAACCAAAGGGUCAUGGGCUGGGUUCUCAGUCAGGGCACAUGCCUGGGU